UACCACCUGCGAAGGCUGCGAAUAGCUGUACCUCGCGGCCUAUAUAAGUAUAGGUAUGCCCGACGCUGUGCUUUAAGCUAUUCUCCCGUUUCCAUUCAUUCAUUCGUUCGAAUUAUUAUAUUAUAUACAGUCGAGCCUCGUUUUUUUGUAACUUGCACCCACUGAGAGAGAGAGAGAGAGAGAGAGAGAGAGGGAGAGAGAGUGGCGCAGCGGUAUAUAGCCCGCAUAUGCCCGCAGUUCAAGAAUGAAUGCGAGAGCCAGCUGAUCCAUUAAUACUUAUAUCGCGCGUUGAUUGUGCAGCUGCAGUAUGCUCAGCAAAUCUUGUGCCGUCAUUAUCAACGAUAAUCACACGGAUAUCGUCGUCAACGUCUACAGCAAUCGAGUCUUCCUGGUUCUGAGUCAGUACAAGAAGCUCGGAUCGCUGGUGACCGUCGCCAAGGAGUCCGUUCUUCGCGAAUUCAACAGCGAUGUUUACAGCACCAAAGUGAUUUUCGGGAAAGAUGAACCGGAAAUUCACGCGGCCUCGAGGUACAUCGCCGGAGAAUUAAAUUUCGACAAGCCGCUGCUCGUCUCCAUUUGCUUGAAGGACUUCCAAGUCGAGACUCUUCGCGCAGUUGUCAAGGCUGUUAAGAAAAUCAAGCCCUCGUAAGCUUUCAUCAAGAUGAGUCUCAUUUUUGGUCAGCUGGUGAUAGGGCCACCUGGUAGUGGGAAAACCACCUACUGCAAUGAGAUGGGCAAGUUUCUUGAGAGUUUGGGCAGAAAAGUGGCCAUAAUCAACAUUGAUCCUGCUAAUGAAAACAUGGGGUACAAACCAACAGUUGAUGUUUCUGAGCUUGUAAAGCACGAGGAAGUCGUGGAAGCCUAUAAACUUGGACCCAAUGGAGCUUUGGUUUACUGCAUAGAAUUUUUGGAAAAGAACAUUGACUGGCUCAUUAAAAAGAUUCUCAAUUUGAAAGAUCACUAUUUGUUGAUUGACUGUCCUGGGCAGGUUGAACUCUACACACAUCAUGAAUCAAUGAAUAAGAUAACUGAAAAACUGGGAGAAAACUUGGUCAGGCUUUGCUGCGUUAAUCUAAUGGAAUCUCAUCAUUGCAGUGAUCCAGGCAAAUACCUGUCCUCUUUAAUGGUCUGUACGACAACCAUGUUACAGUUGGGUUUACCUCAUGUGAAUGUUAUGACAAAACUUGAUGAAAUGAAACGUUUUAGUGACAAGCUGGACUUUAAUAUUAACUUUUACACAGAAGUUCUGGAUUUGAACUAUCUUCUUGAAAGAUUGAAUGAUGAUACAGUUGACCCUCAAUAUAAAAAGCUGAAUGAAGCACUUGUUUCUCUAGUCGGGGAAUAUAGUCUUGUAUCUUUCAUACCGUUAGAUAUUUCAAACAAAGCCUUACUACUUAAUGUUAAAAAUGCUGUUGAUAGAGCAAAUGGUUAUAUUUUUGGUGGCAACGAACCACAGGAUGUACAAACUCUUUUAGCUUGUGCUGUGGGAGCUGUUAGUGAAACAGAAAGGACAGCAAGUCUUGAUACCUACAUAUGAUUAACAUUACUAAUAAAUUAUUUUCUCCUUACAUUUUUUAAACAAAUAAACAUUUUUUAUUUCAUCUAUAAAUAUAAAAUUUAAUAUAAUAAAAAUUUAACCUAAUCCAUGUGAUUAACAAAAAUCUGCGCCAAGUCAUCAUAAUCAUAUACUCUUUUGAGAAAAGUAUCAGUCAACUUGAGACCUGAAACCGCCUAUCAAAACGAAAAAAAAAACACGUACAGUAACGUUUAAAUUUAUUAUUAAUAUUUUCUAACAUACGAUAUUAACUACUUACAACAAGACCCGAUUCUAGCGGGAUUAAACAAAGUGGGAGAUGAACCGAUUCCCCUGGCUUAAGUGUGCCAAUCAUUUUGUCUGAUAUGCCACUCCAUGCAACAGAGGUAUUCGAUUGCAAACCCAAGAGUAAAUCCAUUUGCCUUUCUCUGUUGAAUAAAGUUGCGUUAAACAUUG